AUGGUGAGAGAUAAUCCUUUGCUCGACCACAGGCACACACCAUCCCCCGAGCUGCCUCCUGGAUCUGGCUCCGGAUCUGGAUGCGGGCAUCCUUUGGAUUUUGCGCUUAACAACACGGACCCCCACUGCAAAGAAAACUUAAUCGGGACAACAAUGGUGGCUGAAUACGCGGCUGCUGGUCGUGUAGGGGACCGGGGAGUGCGCUCGACGCAGAGGCACAGCGGCGAAUCUGUGGAGAAGAUGUUGAGCCGAUUCAUGAGUGGCAGCCUCAGGAAUCUGGAGCGGGAAUACAGCUGCACUGUCAGGCUGCUGGACGAUACGGAAUAUACGUGCACCAUUCAGCUUGUUUCUUUUUUUUCCUUUCGUUUGGUCAGACUUGAGAAGUCCAGUCAGGUUCGCACCGUCUCCAGCAGCAACCUGUUCUUCAAGGGCAGCCGUUUCCGCUACAGUGGAAGAGUAGCGAAAGAGGUAAUGGAGCAAAGUGCCAGAAUCAAACGUGAACCUCCAGAAAUACACAGGUCUGGCCUUGUGCCCAGUAGGAGUUGUCCAUCCAUCACCCAUGGGCCUCGCCUCAGCAGUGUUCCCCGUACACGUCGGAGAGCUGUGCACAUAUCUAUCAUGGAGGGUCUGGAGUCUUUGCGUGACAGUGCCCACUCUACACCGGUGCGUUCGGUGUCCCAUGGAGAGUCUUUCCUACCCCGGUCCCGCAGCCACGCUACAGAUGCCAGUGAGGGGAUGGCAGUCAUCUCGGACGAGGCCUACAGUCCCUCAGAUAGCGUCCUUCCCACCCCGGUGGCUGAACACAGCACAGACAUGACCGUCUCACGCCAAAUAAAUGGUGCACCCUGCAGCAUCGAGGAGGAAAAGGAGUCAGAGGCGGGCACCCCGAUGCGCGGGGAAGAGGGUGAUUUCGGGGCGGAUGGUAGAGCUGCACAGGAAGGAGCAGGGGAGGACUCAGCCCUGAGCGAGGUGGAACAGGUGAAUAAGUUUGUCUUAAGCGUCCUCCGUUUGCUCCUCGUCACCAUUGGACUCCUUUUUGUCUUGCUCCUCCUCCUUAUCAUCCUCACUGAGUCAGACCUUGACAUCGCAUUUUUAAGCGACAUCCGUCAAACCCCCGAGUUUGAACAGUUCCAUUAUGAAUACUUUUGUCCCCUCAGGCGGUGGUUCGCCUGCAAGCUCCGCUGGGUGGGCGGGUUGCUCAUUAACAACUGAGGGUGCGGUUGUAGCAUCACAAAGACAGUUCAGGUUUGUGAGAAGACGGUUAGGAGUCUGGAGUGUUGUUGAAGGACAACUUCAUCCGAACCAAGAACCCAGCUUCUCAUCUUCCUCCUGCAGAAAACAAAACAACUUGGACCGCUCCUUCUAACACUAAGCCAGGAUCUUUCUCCCACCACCUCAACUCUUUAGUUGCACACCCCUCCCUCCUACUACCAUGUUUGUUUUUUUGCUUAGCAAAGCCUGAAGACAUUUUUUUUGCGUUUUUUAAGUCAUUUCAGGAACUUUAUUUUUACAAAAAACACAAAAGAAAAAAAAUAAAUUAUGAAAAUAAGUAACUGAGGAACCUAAAAUUUAUGUUUCUGUGGAAUGGAAUAUGUUGAUUUUUUUUUUCUUGGCACGGAUUAGCAUUGCAGACGGUUAUUUAUUUCUGAGAAGCAUACAGUGGGCUGUGAAAGGCUAAAUACCCCAGUUGCAAGUUUCUACCGUAUGUUUUAAAAAAAGUUGGAUCAUGACAAAUAAUUUCAAGACUUUUUCCAUCUUUAAUGUGACAUAUUUAAUUUUUCCUCAACAAAUAAAUAAACAAAUCUGUUAGAAAAAGAUAAAGUUGUUCGCCCAACCAUUAAACUAAUAGUUUGUUGAAGUAGCUUUUGUCGCAGUUUCAGUACUCAGUCUGUGGUACACCAAAAUGCAGACAUUUCUUAGAAAUUAUUGAAAGCUGUGAUGGUAAUUAUUCUGGGAGGCUGCCAAGAGGCUGACAUCAGAACUGAACAGGCUGCAGAAAAUCUGCAAAGUACUAGCUGUGCUCAACAGUGCAGUAUAUUUUUUAUAUCUCUAGAUUUGUAACUAAGGUGACAAAGGAAGACAUUUUCCCCAAACAAAAAUCACUGCACAGUUUUAAAAGGACAUCAUUCACACAGCAAAACGUGUUAGCGGCAGCAUCAUAAUCUGGGGUUACUUUUCUUCACAGAAAGAAAGCGGUUCCAAACACAUUCAGGUAUAAGAAAAAAUAACAUUUCAGCAUCCCAGCACACAUCCAAAUCAACACAUGAAUGACUUCACUAAAGAAAAAGUAAAGUUUUGAUUUAUACAGCAGCUCACAAAGUCAUUUGGUUCCCCUGCAGAGGGUUAUGAACAGGAUUUGUCUUCAGAAUGGGAGAGUAAUCCAAUAUUACCAAGUCAUGAUGUGGUAUGAUGGUGAGACUGGAUGGUGAAACUGAAUCAAAAGAUGCUUCUGUAAGGUGUUAGUUUCAGUUUAUACACACCUUCUGCAAUCAAGUACGGCGCAUUAUUUGUUUCUAGAUUUUUCCCCUAACAGAUUUGUGUUUUCUGUGAAAUUAUACAGAGCAAUAUCUCAUAAUGUAACAUGGUCUAUCAAAAAAAAAAUCUGCCUUUUUAUCAGGGGUGCUUAGAUAUUUGAGAGCCACUGUAUGUAAUGAAGAGAAGAAGGGGAGGUAAUGAAUGUCAAUCCAGGAAGUUGAUUCAUCUUCAAGAGAUGCAAGUGAGUUAAGAGUCUGGAAAGGCCAACUGCUGCGAUGGAGUCAAGGUCUUUUGAUGUCUAUUCAUUAUUAUAAUAAGACAAAGAGCUGGUUAACCUCUUUAUAAAAGACCGAGAGGAAUAGCUUGAAAAGGGAGAAAAGAGAUGUUAAAAUGGAAAACAGACAGGGUGAUUACCAAAUGCCUUUUUUGAAAACAUAUUUAUGACUGUUUAGAUUUUUGGGGGCAAUGGCUUAAGUCUUGUUGUACAUCCAUAUACAGCGCUAUACAAGAUCAGCUGAUGGAUAUGAAAGUAGUUUUUCAAUUAUUUUCUAAGAAUCCAGUGAACUAAAGCUGUAGUGUCAUGUGGCCCGAUACUGUCUGAUGCAAUUAGAGAAAUCCUCACGAUGAGCAAAGAUUCACUGGCACUAGUAGAUACUGUUUUAGCUAGAUGUGCAAUGCUGAUGUGAUUUUUAUUAAGUACUUUGAAUGUGCUCAUUUAUUUGCUUUUAUUUUAUUGUUUUGUUUUCAUCAAAUUGAAAUUCAAUGAAUUUCAGUUACUUUUUUGAUGAAGAGCUUGAUCUAUUUUGGUUUCAGCCUUGCCCUUCAGUUUCUGUAUUAUACUAUAUUAUUACAACUGCUAGAAUAAGAGCAAUGAUGUACAUUUUUGUACAAAAUAGUUUGUUUCCUAUUAUAUAUCGACAGUUUUUUUUCCAUGUAUAUUUUACCAGAACUGAAAUGUUAUUUUGUUAUUGAAGAUUAAAUUAUACCUUUUUUAGCACUGCGUUUCAAGUGAGGUCAGACGCGUUGGAGACGUGGAAGGGGAUUGGGGGAAAAAAAAUGUUGAACGAGACUUUUUAUCAAGAUUCACUCACCAGUUAUCACAUCUCCCUUCACUAUCAAUAGUCAGUCUAAAGUCUGCAGUGUACGUGUAGUUAUUACAGAUUAACUUCAGAUAUGAUUUAUUGGUGCCGAUCAUUGAAAAAUACGAUUUUAUUUGUUGUACCUUUACCUGAAGUUAUUUUACGUGAAAGAAGAGAUACAGCACCCUCAAUACUUCCUGUGUUACUUUUUUUUUGGUAAAGAUGUGUAAAAAGUCUUAAAAUGGAUUAAACUUUCAUGAUAGUAACACAAGUUCACACUUAAUUUUUUUAAGGUACAAGUUUUAACUGUGUCUGAAUUUAUUCAGUGGGGCCAAAGAUACAUUUUAGGAAACAGCUUUUUAAAAAAUUCCCCGCUGUAGAACCUUUUACCAUUCGGACAGCUAUUAGCCUUCAUUUCACAAUGUUUGAUCAUACAGUACAUAGAGAGGGACUUCUCAUCCAGACUCUUAGGUUUCUUUAAUGCACUUUUCUCAACUCGCCCCUUAGGUUUUAUAUAAUAUUUAUGACUAAAAUGGUCAAAGAAAAAGGUUGAUUUGAUGUUUUCUGAACCACUUCUGUUUUUCUUUGGUAUGUUUUGGAUUAUGUUUCUGAUGAAAGGCCCCAAAAUGACCUAUUUCCAGUUGUCCAUUAGAAACCAUCAUAUUUUUAUGUAAAAGGCUCCCGGCAUUUCAAAGAGUUGACACAAACUAUCUUGAAGAUUAAACAGACCCACAGCAUCACAUAUCCUCUAUCACAGUUAACACUGAGUAUUUGAUCCUAUAGGUCUAUUUUUCUUUCAAAUGGAAUAUUAUGAGAGUACAUGGCACUAUAAAUUCUUUAAAAUACUUAGAAAAUAGAACGAACCAGAGAUUCACAGUUCCUCCAUCUGACUUAUCAACAGUGAUGAGAUACUUCCACAUACUCUUCCUCUAUUUCACAUUUUAGACUUGGUUACUCAGUGAUGCUUCUCUACUGCAGUUCUCCAACAUCUUACCACUCUUCUAAUUGUGUCCAGUGGUUAAAAGAAACAGGCCUAUUUGUCAUAUUUACACACUAGAUAAAUAAAUAGUCUUGGAUUACCAAUUCAAAUAAAUUAUGCAGUAAAAAUGCUCAGAUUAUCUUUCAGUGAUUCUUGAGAAGUGGGACAAAAUGGGUUUAAAUUCCCCCCCCAAAAAAUGUAAUUAUUCCUCAAGCUUAUGUAUACAAAUAUGACAAAUAAUGUUUUGGGAAUGUAAAGAUGCUUAAGGUGCAGGCUCCCAGUUGCAACAUUUUUUUGAAAAUGACAUUUUUUUUUCUCCCCUCCAGGGGGUCUUUUGUGGGCUCUAGUGUCCCUCAUAUGAAAGUAGGCAGGAAAGGGGAAAAGAGAGGGGGGAAGACAUGCGGCAAAUAUCGCUGGGUCCGGGAAUCGAACCACAACACGUCCCUGAAAAUUACAUCUUUAAUGGACCUGACCUAGAACUUUGUCAUCACCA